AUGUCUCAAAUCUACCGUACAAAUUCAGGAAGAAUUCCGAAUAAUCAACAAGAAAUUUUUGAUACUUUAUUUGAAGAUGAGGAAGAAAUUUAUUCAGAACAUAAAAACGAGGAAGAAAUUUAUUCAGAAGACGAGAAUGAAGAAAUUCAUUUCGAAGUUUUUAGAAAUUUUAAUUCAAAACGAAAAAGAAAAUUCAAAGAGGAAAUCGAUUCUAUUGAUUACAGAAGACGUGAAAUGAAUGUCUUCCAAACUACAAAGAAAGUUUACAAGAAGUUGAAAGGUCAUUCAGAUAUUGAUAAGAAUGAUUCCGACUUGCAGUUUUUGUUCUCUGAAUAUUAUCAUGUCUUUGGUAAAUCAAAUCCUUUAAGCCAACACGAUCACUCUUGUGUUGGUCGUAUCUUGAAACUGAAGAAGAAAAUUCAGUUGAAGCAUGUUAAAAAGGUUGUUGAAGAUGAUCUCGAAGGUGUCCAGGUGAAAAAUGAUAUCAGAUUCGUUGCAGGAAAUGCGGGAAUCACUAGAGCAGCAUUUAAAUAUUGUAAACGUAAAUGUAUUUUUAUUUUAGAAGUUCUUAAAACAACUGAUGAUGUAAUAGUUCUGUAUAAACCAAAAUUCAAUAAAGCUCUUAAUUUUUUGUUAACAAAUUAA